AUGACGAAUGAUGAGAUACAGAAACCUUCAGAGGAAGGUAUGUGGGUAAUAGGAUACGGAUCGCUCAUUUUUAAACCGCUUCCUUAUUAUCAGUUUAAGGUGAGUGGAUAUUUGAAAGGAUUUAUCCGGAGAUUCUGGCAAAGCUCAUCGGAUCACCGGGGCACACCCGAAGCACCAGGAAGGGUGGUGACAUUGGUGUCAUUGGAAGAUUUGAAGAGGAAUAGUAAAUUUCAUAAUGAUUUACACAUGUACGAGGUCCGUGGUAAGGAUCAAGAAACGGAUUUGUUAUCUAGGACCAAUUCUAGCACAGAUUUAGGCGAGGAAGACAUCCGUGAUAUUACACAUAAGAUAAGCAAACUUGAGGAGGAUGACUUGAAAGUAUGGGGAUGUGCCUAUUAUGUUGGUCCAGAGGAUGUUGCGAAAGUGAAGGAGUAUUUGGAUAUCAGAGAGAAAGACGGAUAUACCACGCACAAGGUGCCAUUUCACGUAUUAAACGUAUGUGAUGACUCGGAGAAUGCAAAUAAAGUAAUGCAGAAGACACCUAAAAAUAAGAAUGGAGACUAUAUCAUUGAAUCAUUAAUUUACAUUGGAACUAUAGACAAUGCCUCAUUUAUCGGACCAGAAGAUAUACAAAAAACUGGGGAAAAGAUUAAAACCAGCAGUGGUGAAAGUGGUAAGAAUUCAGAAUAUUUAAUAGAGUUGUGUAAGGCAGUAAGAAACUUGGAUGAUAAAGGUAGAAGUCGUGAUUACUACUUAGAGGAUUUAGUAAAAUUAGUAGAUAUAUAG